AUGCCUGGGAGUGUCGUGCCGAGAGAAUUUCCUGACAAAGUGCGUCUCCUCUUGCUGGUACGACGCAGUUGCCGCAGGGUCGGCACCCGAUACGCGUGUCGAGGUAUGGACGACAGGGGAGACGUCGCGAACUUCCUUGAAGUAGAGCAGGUUGUGGAUUUGUCGGGUAGUGGGAGCACCGCAGCUAUGGGAGACGCUAGCUGCGAGCCCCUUACACCGGAGUUUCGAGAGAGCCAGGCUUGCGAGCUUCACGAUUUCAUCAAGAGCAGUGACGAUGAAGCGGAUCGGGUGCCUCCACCAAGAGAAGACAGAGCAGCCGCAGUGCGCAUGUCCGGUGUUUCAGAGAGACGGACGGAUACUCCGAAUGGCACAGUUAAUGGGGAAAGUACAGAUGGUUAUGUCUCUGAGAAUUGGACUCCACCGGGGUUAACGGAGGGCAUUACGCCAAGAAAAUUACGUCUACCCAACGUGUUCAGCCUGGUGCAAAUUCGUGGGUCGAUUCCCCUAUUCUGGGAGCAGAACGCAACAGGGGUACCCGAAUUUACUCGAGAGCACCCGACAUUCGCAAAAGAGGCUUUCCGGCGGCAUCAGGCGGGACUCGAGCGGCUCUAUGGGCGAAUCCUCUACAUGAAUUUGUGCACUGAGCGCAAGGCUGGGGAGCAAAUGCUAGUGGAUGCACUGAAGAACCAAGUUCAAGAACACCUGUCUGAUGUACGACGGCGGCGCGUCAGUACCACCAGUCUAAUUCGAAGACCCUCCAUUGGUAGCGCGAAUGCGUAUAAUAGUGCCUCCGUCAACAGUUUACGGGGAGGACCGGGUGGCGAAGAGUCAAUACCGUCAUUAUUGUCUGCAGACGAGCCUGCAAUCGCAGUCGCACGGAAUAUCAAUCCACAGUCCAGUGUAUCUGGUGGAGGAAGAGGCCGGACCGACAGCCGCGCGAGUGCAGGCUCGUUCACGCUCGUACCCGGCAGUACCAGCGGCAGUCCGUUUUUGUCGCCUGUCGCCGUUGCUCGCGAAAGGUCGCCCGAUGGGAUCCCGGAGGGUACGCGUUUGAACACUGUAGAUGAAGAGCAGCAGCAAACAUGUGGUAGCCCUGGCAUUGGCGCCACGACGAAGCAUGCAGUGAUAGACGAUCCUAGGGUCGCUCUCUGCAGCGCGAGCCGUGCGGUAACUACGGGGGGCGUGAGUAGCGACAUGGCUUCCGUGGGGGGACUAGCAUCUUCGACCGCGAGCAACAGCAAGGAGUCCGCCUAUCAUGACAUUUCGGCUGAAUCAGUCCGAAGUACCCCACCCAAGACGCCAGGGACAGCGGAGGCUGACGACCAGGUAGGAGCGGGUGCGCAAGGGAAAGAAGCGAGGACCUCUCGAGCGCCACGUCUUAUCGCGCCGAUUGACACUCGAGACAGCCCCGCGCACAACGACGUCAACGAGAUAGCUCCUUCCUCUGGAACCGGACAAGGAGCGCUCCGUCUCUCUCAGGUCACGCCCGCGGGUGGUUACGGCGGCCAGCGAUCGUUGCGUCUGCGACACUUCGACUUUCAUCACCACGUUGGCAGUAUUGAAGAUUUAAUGCCGCACGUCGCGAAGUGGAGCGGUGAAAUCGAUUCGUUUGGGUUUUGCAGUGACGUCGGAUUUCCCUCGUUCGAUGCAUAUGACAACGACGCUGUUCCUCCUGGGGAAGGUCCGCACUCUCACUGCAAUGAUAUUGGUCUUCCAGACGAUGGUUGGCGGCAAACUGGCGUCGUGCGAACCAACUGUAUGGACUGUCUUGACCGGACGAACUUGACGCAAUUCGGCAUUGCGUGGAGCUGGCUUCAGGGUCUGCUUUUCGCGUCUUUUCCCGGUGAAUUUGCACCAGAAGCGCGCGCAAUAUCGCAAUCAAAACUUUCACCAGGAGGAAAGCCCACGCACAAGCAGCAAGCAGAGCCCUCGCACAACACUGCCGUGUCAAGUGACGCAGCUGCAGCGGUGGUGGUGAUGGCUGGAGACAUGACUCCAACAACAGUGGGUCCUGACGAGUCUACGUCAAGGUCAAAUGCAGGCGAGAGCCUGAGUCUGAAGUCCACUGAAGCGCAAGGGGUGGUAAAGCCGAAAGUUUUGUUCGGGGGGCCCGUGCCAGGAUCGCCGGGCGCGAAGGGCAGUAAUGCUGCGACUGCAGCCCCUGGGGGUCCCAGCGAAGCGCAGGGAGCGACAUGGACGGGGGGCUUUUUUGACUACUUUGCACCUAGUGGCACCGAAGCACAGCAGCAGGAUGUGCCACCCGCGGCAAAUGGGGACUGCGAAGCGAACGCGGCCAGCGGCAGUGGCGGCUCCUCGUCGGAGACGCAUCGACCACCACAAGGCGGGCCAGACACGACAAAACCUCCGGAGCAUGGAGUUGCACCAGGUACGGCGAGUUCCGACAGCCCUGCGUCUAAAAGCGCCACUAUAUCAAAGGAGCGGGAGCGGGCGGUAGCAAAAGCGAUUUCGAGCGUUAAGGACAAAGUUCGGUUAGACCUGCAAUCCCUUUGGGGGGAGAUGGGCGAUAUUAUUUCAGAGCAAACAACCGGAGCGCCAAGUAUUCUUACGGCGAUGCUCGUCAGUGGGCGGUACAGUGCGUGGCAGCAUGGGUGGCGGUACUCAUUCAAACACAAAUGUCGUCAUAUUCUAAAUUUGAGUUCUCCGCGAAAACCGCAAGAGUUUUGCUUUCUCGCGGUUUUAGCGCAUCGGUUUUAGCGCUGUAAUGUUCAAGAUCUCUUUGAAUGCUGUGCUCUCUUCACCAAAGAUCAAAAAAGUUGUCAAUAAAUCGGAGAUCGCUAUUUACAUGAUGAGAAACACUCACCAAAGCAUAGUUCACUCUGACGCUCUGCGGCUGAGGAACCUCAAGUUUCACUUCACCAACUCUGACAACCAUCUUGUAUUCUACUAAAGAUCACAGAAUAUUAUCUAAAUCUUUAAUUUUCUAUGAUGAGAAACACUCACCAAAGCAUAGUUCACUCUGACGCUCUGCGGCUGAUGAACCACAAGUUUCACUUCACCAACUCUGACUAUAGUCGUGCAGUUCAACAAGAUGAAUUCUUUCAAGAUGUUAUUAGAUCUUCGUACUAUACGGUCGGCGGCUGGUGGCUUCCAGGGGCCCGUAUCAGACCUCCUCUAUCCCAAUAGUACUAGAGCGAAACUUUCGGGUCUGUGUGUCCGAGUGUGUCCUCACUUGUUUCCCAGUGUCGAUUAUGCUCUUAGCUUCCUCCGGGAGCGGAUCGCUUGAACAACGACUACUGUAGUAUAUGUAGUUCAGUUACCAGUUUUCCCCCUUGCCCUGAACCUGGGCGUUAGAAAGGUCGUGCUUAAUCCGCCCACCAUUGCCUUCUCUUCAAUUUAGGUCUGUGCAGCGAACAUACAACGCAUUAGUCGAAGACGCUAACCGGCAAGAAUGUUUGGACGCCUUGUUAUGCUCUAGCGAUUUGUCAGAGCGAUUUUCUA